AUGCCUGAGAUGUUGAAAAAGUCCGCACUGCUGGCCAGCAUUGCGUGCGCCUCGGUAGCGAGUGCUUCCCCAGUGGAAUACAAGUGUUGCCCUGAAACACUUCCCAUGCAGACACACCUGGCCUAUUCCGGAGACAGUGGGAUGACUGUCAGCUGGAACACCUACUCAAAGUUGCACUUCCCGUCUGUUCGUUACGGAAACCAUCCCGAUGCACUUUGUCAUGAAGCAGUUUCCGAUGUCUCGGUAACCUAUCCCACCUCCACCACCUUCAACAACCACGUCAAGAUCACCGGUCUGAAGCCCGAUACGCUAUACUACUACCAGCCCCAGUGCGGUAACUCCAGUCAGAUCUAUACCAUGAAGACUGCUCGUUCGGUUGGCAAUCACAUUCCCUUCUCCAUUGCCGUUGGUGGUGAUUUGGGUUUAAUGGGCCCUGAUGGAUUGACUACUUCCACUGGCCCUAAUGGAGGAAACGCCCCUCUCGCUCCCGGUGACAAUAAUACUAUCCAAUCACUUCAGUCUAUGAAGUCAGAAUGGGAAUUCUUCUGGCACCCUGGUGACAUUGCUUACGCCGACUACUGGUUGAAAGAGGAAGCCCAGGGAUUCCUGCCUAACUCUACCUUGGCGGACGGUCAGGCUCUUUACGAGUCAAUCUUGAAUCAGUUCUACGAUGAGAUGACUACUUUGACGGUUGAUCGGCCCUACAUGGUUGGACCAGGAAACCAUGAUUCUAAUUGCGACAAUGGUGGCACGACUGACAAGGGUGUCUCCUAUAAUAUCAGCAUCUGUCCAAUCGGCCAGACCAACUUCACCGGCUUUCGAAACCACUACCGCAUGCCAAGUGAUGUGUCCGGGGGCGUUGGCAAUUUCUGGUACUCAUUUGACUACGGCAUGACUCACUUCAUUCAGUUGAACACGGAGACUGACCUGGGCGAUGGUUUCAUCGGUCCUGACCAACCGGGUCAACCCCAGGGUAUGGACUCGGGCCCAUUCGGGUCUUACCCCAACGAGCAGCUUGAUUGGCUUAAGUGCGACUUGGAAAAGGUGGAUCGUAAAAAGACUCCCUGGGUUAUCGCAGCCGUGCACCGUCCGUGGUACGUGAGCGCAAAGAACAGCAGCUCAACCGUGUGCACCAUAUGCAAGGAUGCCUUCGAGCCACUGCUGGUGGAACAUGAAGUAGACCUCGUCUUCCAAGCUCACACACAUUACUACGAGCGCAACCAGCCGUUGAACAACUAUGUCAUUGACCCCGCAGGCCUUGAAAACCCCAAGGCUCCGUGGUACAUUACCACCGGUGCCGCCGGUCACUACGAUGGCUUGGACAGCCUUGUCUAUCCCCUGAAGCCAUAUGCUGUCUAUGCUGAGGACACAGCAUAUGGGUGGAGCAAGCUCAGCUUCCACAACUGCACUCACAUGACUCAUGAGUUUGUGUCUAGCAGCAACAACACCAUCCUUGAUUCUGCAACUCUAUUCAAAGACCGAAAGUGUUGGAUUGAGGAAUCGGAAUCUUGCCAUCACUAA